GUGUUGUGGUGUAAGCACUCCAGCUCUUCUAAUGAAGAUCCUUUGCUUCUCUAAACUCCAGUAGCUGGAUCUUCUAAUAUUGAAACUGGGAGGGAGCAUCUCUGAACCAACAUGUAGCAGAUGGCUACUGUGCCAUGAAACCUGCUUCUAGCCACAGUUUUUCGUCUUAAUCUUGCCUGUGCAUCCAGCAGUGAAUGAGUAGUUUCACUUACUGCUAUUUCUUGGAUGGUAAAUGAGUUUUGUUAACUGAAAUUCAAAUUGGAUUUCACAAGGUGUUGGAUGAACUGAGGAAUCAUGAGUAGUAAUCUUGGAAAAGAAAAAGAUUGUAAGGAGAAGGAUCCUAAAGUAUCAUCAGCAAAAGAAAGGGAGAAAGAGGCCAAGGCUUCUGGUGGAUUUGGGAAAGAAAGCAAAGAAAGAGAGCCAAAGACCAAAGGAAAGGAAGCCAAAGAUGGGAAGAAGGACUCAAGCAGUGCACAGCCAGGUGUGGCUUUUUCUGUGGACAAUACAAUAAAACGACCUAAUCCAGCUCCAGGCGCUCGCAAAAAGUCCAGCAAUGCCGAAGUGAUCAAAGAGCUAAACAAAUGCCGAGAAGAGAAUUCAGUGCGCUUGGACUUGGCAAAGAGGUCUAUACAUGUGCUCCCAUCAUCUGUCAAAGAGUUAACACAGUUGACAGAACUUUAUUUAUAUGGAAACAAACUGCAGUCAUUACCAGCUGAGGUGGGCUGUCUUGUGAAUCUGGUGACACUGGCCCUAAGUGAGAACUCACUUACCAGCCUUCCUGACUCUCUCGAUAACUUGAAGCAACUUCGCAUGGUUGAUCUACGGCAUAACAAAUUAAGAGAAAUUCCUCCAGUGGUGUACAGGCUAACUUCCCUUACCACACUUUAUCUACGCUUUAAUCGUAUCACAACUGUGGAAAAGGAGAUCAAAAACUUGUCAAUACUGAUCAUGCUUAGCAUACGGGAGAACAAAAUCAAGCAACUCCCUGCAGAAAUUGGUGAGUUGUGUAACCUCAUAACGCUGGAUGUAGCACACAAUCAGCUUGAGCAUCUUCCAAAGGAGAUUGGAAAUUGCACACAGAUCACCAAACUUGACCUACAGCACAAUGAACUCUUGGACCUUCCAGACACUAUAGGAAAUCUGUCCAGUCUGAAAAGUCUUGGCCUGAGGUAUAACCGGCUCUCAGCUAUACCUAAGUCUCUAGCGCAGUGCAGUAAACUUGACGAACUGAACUUGGAGAACAACAAUAUUUCUACUCUACCAGAGGGUCUCUUAUCUACUCUUGUGAAUUUGACUAGCCUAACUCUGGCAAGAAACUGUUUCCAAUCAUAUCCAGUGGGUGGCCCAUCACAAUUCUCUACCAUCUACGCUCUCAAUAUGGAACAUAACCGCAUCAAUAAAAUCCCUUUUGGAAUUUUUUCUAGAGCAAAAGUGCUGAGUAAGCUUAAUAUGAAGGACAAUCAGUUGACAUCUCUUCCCUUGGAUUUUGGGACUUGGACCAGCAUGGUAGAACUCAACUUAGCUACAAAUCAACUCAACAAGAUUCCUGAGGAUGUGUCUGGGCUUGUUUCUCUCGAGGUUCUUAUCUUGUCAAACAACCUUCUCAGAAACCUCCCUCAUGGCAUUGGAAACUUGAGGAAACUAAGAGAAUUGGAUCUGGAGGAGAACAAGCUGGAAUCCCUGCCAAAUGAAAUUGCAUACCUUAGGGAUCUACAAAGACUUAUUCUAACGAAUAAUCAGUUGAGUACCCUUCCUAGAGGAAUUGGCCACCUUAUCAAUCUGACACAUCUUGGACUAGGAGAGAAUUUUCUUACACAGCUUCCUGAGGAGAUUGGUACACUGGAGAAUCUGGAGGAAUUGUAUCUAAAUGACAACCCACAUCUGAACAGCCUUCCUUUUGAACUGGCUCUCUGCAGUAAAUUGUCUAUAAUGAGUAUUGAGAACUGCCCACUCAAUACCCUUCCUGCUCAAAUUGUUGCAGGUGGACCUUCCUUCAUCAUCCAGUUUCUCAAAAUGCAAGGACCAUAUCGUGCCAUGGUCUGAUGGAUAUGUGCUCUCACAUUGUACAAAAUAUAAAUGGCAUUGGAAGUGUCGUGUAUAUAAUAUCUAGGCCAUACGGUGUCAGGAAUGAAUAAAAGUUGAAUUGUCCCGUACACUGUACAAAAUGCAGAAGGCAUUAUUGGUAUUGUGUAUGUGUGUAUAUAUAAUAUAAUAUAUAGGCUGUAUAUUAUAUUAUAUAUAAAACAUAAUAUAAAACAAAUUUAAGCCCACAUUUAUGUGUUUCUGCUAAUAGAGGAAACAUAGCCAUUUAGCUUUUUUUUUUUUUAGUUUCUUUGUAAAAUGCUUGUCUAAGUUUUCUUUGUGGAAUUUGAGGAAUAUCUGGGUAACCUGGGCAUACCAGUUCACUGAAAACAAUUGCCAACUAAUUGUGGAUCAAUUUAAGGGACAAAAUAGAUGAUGCUUCCUAUGGGAAAAGCAAGCAAAUUGCUCAUACUACCUUUUCUUUAUCAUUCCCCUCAGCACAUAUUAUUUGUGUCAAAAAUCUUUGGAAUAAUUUGUCCUCUGUUGGAGAGAUCUUUUAACUUAUUUUAAAAUUUGAAACAAGCAGUCUUGUAUGUUGUUUACAAUCAGAGUAAAUCAGUGGAUUUGGAUUGGGGAUUUACUCUGUUUUAAUCAUAUCUAUAAUUUUAUGCUUCUGCUGAGGGCUUUUAUUGACUAAUUCAUAUUAAACUAUAAGCAUCUGAUUAGUAGGAUAUAUGCAGUCCAACAAAAGCUUGAAUUAAUUUUAAAUCUUGGUUCCUUGAAUUCAGUGGUUGUAAGCAUAUCAUAUUUGAACCAGUUAAGUUAUAGUUGGCCUCAUCUAGCACAAGCAGCAUUUUUUAAAUUUAGAAAUCAACGGUUUUGUUAUAAUGCUCCAUACCCUGUUAAGGUCUAAUAGUGCGUUGAUGAGGAUAUAUAUAUACAUAUCAUUCAUAUAUAUAUAUAUAUAUAUAUAUAUGGUGUUGAUAUAAAAUGGAACAGGCAUUUGUAAGGGUUUCUCCUUGUCUUUGUACAAUUAAUGAAUGUGUCUUUCUUUGAAACACUGCAGUACAUAUAAGAUUUACGGUUGGUUGACAAUGUAACUCUGGUUUUAUAUCUUGCCUUGCCUUGUACAUCCUUUCAUUAUUAUGGGGCACCUGCAUUCAAGCACAAUAUCUUCAUGCUGUGCUGUUUUGCUGCUGAACUAAAUGCACUUUUCCCUACAGAUGGGACACUUGCUUCAAAGUAGUCAGUUCAGUACCAUGAUUUAUUUACUUAACCUCAUCCUUUCGGUCUCAGUAUUAAAAUCUGGUCUGUUGAAAAGGACACCUUUACACAUAUUUAGAAUGUGAUUGCCUGUAGAAAACCAGUAAAGUGGUUCUUAUGCGGUUUACUGUCAUUUUCAUAGCUGUACAAAGGGCUAAUGAUGCUGCGGUAAAAUAGACAGUUGCUACUAUAUUCGGAGUGCCAUUUCAAGUUUGAACUCUGGAAGCUCAUGUAGCAGUUAUAUUCCAGAUAAUUUUUGUUUUCCGCAUCAAUUCACCGUGUUGGAUUUGCUUCUGGGAUACAAGAAUGUUGAGAAUACUGUAUCUUUUGAACAAAUUGUGCAUCAUAGGUGCUAGAAUAUUUUUUUCACCUGUUGAAGGUUUUGUAAUUUUUAUUUCUGAUAUUAAGGUCUAUUUAAUAGGCACAAUCCAGAAGUAGGCAGGCAUGUUUGUCCCAUGGAAAUCAAUAAGACUUAUGCUCCAGAACAUGUGUUUAAGGCUGUGAUAAGCACAGUUAAGCCUGAAUAAAUAUGCUUAAGAAUGCUGUUCAGGUCUUAAUGAUUUCAGUGGAAUUUGGGUGUUCAUGGGUUUUUUUGGGUUGAGCCCAACAUAAUUUGCUUCCUUGUUCUGCUUUCUCUGAGGUGAAUUCUAACUUUAAUUAGUUUUCUUACUAGCAAGUAAAAAUUUCAUAACGAAAGGCAGGUAGAGAUAUAAAACCUUUAAAGGGCUUGAGCUGGUAGUAAAAACUACUCUAGAUAUCACUGGAAUUUCAAAGGAAUAUUGGAUUGGAUCCAGAGUUAUGGGUACGUAACUGGAGUGGAUUCAGAGUGCUUCCCUGACCUAUGCAGAUAAUGGGGGAUGGGGAAUGGAAUGGGGGGAAGAUUAGGAACAAGGGUGAGGGUCCACAAAAUCAAUCAGAGGCGUGUUCCAUGGAUGUCUUCCCUUUGCUCCCUUAGCCUCCUUCACUCUACCCUGUGCCAUAGUGCACCCUGAACCUCUGGGUAGAAUGUUAUGGGGCAGUGCUGAGGGAGGGGCGGGCUAUAUGCAUAAGUCUGGAUCCAUACCAUUAAUUUUAUUGCCUUUCAAGAAAACAUUUACUAAUGGCUAUUUCACUCUAGAUCUGUUUAUAAAAAUGUAUAGUUUCAGCUGUGUGCAAGCGUCCCCACCUGAGCAUUAAACUGUUAAAAUACAAAGAUCCCUGUAGUGGUGGUUUAAAUUUUUUUUCUUUCAAAAGAUUAUAGCCCACCUAUGCUCAAGCUGUAAACUUGUAUGUGUCUCUUUAUAUGCUGCCCACAUGCACUUUUUCUUUUUGGGUUGAGAAAGAUUUUCAGAUCAUUUGUUUGUGUGUUAUAUUUAAAGCCAGAGUUUAGCCAGAGUACAUUGCUCCAGGCAGAAUUGGAAGAAUCUCUUUGUAAACUUUUACAGAGUUGAAGUAGGAUAGUAUGUUUCUAGUAGGCUGGCUUCUUCUGCCACUCUGUGGAAUAGUGGAUAGAUAAAGUUGGGCUGCAUUUAUGAACUGAUAGUUUUGUCUGUAAAUAUAUUAAUAUGAUUGUUCUUCUUGCCAAGGAUUAUAUGACUGACUGUUUCUCUCUCUAGAAUUUGCCUGCAUGUUAGAGACUGGUUUUAUUCAUUCAUUGGUACACUUCAAAAAUUAUCUUAAAUAAAACCAGUGAAAUAAUUGUACUUCAGCAUCAUAUGUAAGCAUACAUUCUGCGUUCUAAUACUAAGCACUGAAACCACAUUAUUUCCAAAACAAAUUGAGAUUAAGUUUUUGUUCUGCAAUUGGUGCAGAAUGCAAAAUAAUAAAUUUACAGAAAGGUAGUAAUACAUUCAGAGCUAAAAAUAAUUGUAAAAUAUUUUCAUGAUGUCAGUAGUUAUAAUUUGAAUUUUUAAAACAGAAUAAUGGAAAAUUAUUAUAUUUCCUGGCCUAUCUUUACAUUCAUUGGUAAAAUAAUGGACAUUGACCUGUUAGGUAAUGUCAACUUCAAUCAAGGAAGAAUGUGUUCACUGGAGUUUAAGAAGUGCCAGUCAUAAUCUGGGCGCUAUGGUGGGGUGGGGUUGGAGUGCAGAGAAGGAGUGCUAGAAUUGUUAAUACUGAAGUAGGAGAACAUAUAUCUAGAUAAUUUUUAUUUGGAGUAUAUUUUUGAAGAGCUAAUAAAUGUACACAAAGUGUUUUAGUUGUUCUACUAAUUCAGUUCUACAUUUGAGGUGAGGCUUCAGAACUUGUGACAAUCCUUCCAAGUGUGUCUCAGAGGGUUUUGAUGGAAAUUGGUGCAUAUCCUCUGGAGGAUCACCAGUUUUAUUUGGAACACUCUUACGAGAUUCCCUGGUGCAAGGGCCAACGAGCCAUUUUUUGUUAAUUUAGGAAACAUUCAAAGUCUUACUGCAGCAGCAAUCAGUGCUGUGGUUGCUGUUCUGUUCUCCAGUUGCUGUGAAAACUUUCUUCUGCAACCUGUUGCCCUCCAGAUGUGUGUGAUGACAGUUCUAACCCCUGGAGGGCACCAAGUUGUGGAAGGCUGCUGCAGAACAGAGGGAUAAAGCCUGACUCACUUGUUUCUAAUGUGCAUGAUCAUCAGCGUAGCCACUGAUGUUGUGUGUUUGAAUAAGCCCACACCUCUGUAAAGAAACCAUUAACAGAAUUUUAACAGCAAGUAGGACAGAGGUGACUUCAGCUGCAGCAGCCCAGUGUACCUGUGCACUGUUGAAACAUCACCUUAGAUAGGACUCUGCUACUGUUAUGACAAAUCUAAGAAUCCAGCCUCCAGUUUUAGGAUUGUGUUACAACAUUGAAGGAAUAAUUGGCACUGUGAUUCCUUUUGAAAUUAACAUAUUUAUCAUACUGUACCACUCUUGGAAUAUUAAUGACAGUUGAAAUGCUAUGUUUAGAUAAAAAGGUACCACUUCGGUGGGAAGGUAGCAGCGUUCCGUGAACUUCGGUGUUUAGUCAUGCUGGCCACAUGACCACGGAAACUGUCUGCGGACAAACGCUGGCCUCCUCGGCUAGGAAACGGAGAUGAGCACCACCCCCUAGAGUCAGAUAUGACUGGACUUUAAUGUAAUGGGGAAACCUGUACAUUUACCUUUUUUUAAGACUAGAAUGAAAGGAAUUAGGCUUGAUCAUUGGCCUUAAAGACCUUUGCCCAACUUCCUUGAUCAAUAAUUUUAAAUUUGUUUUCUGUUAGAAGUUUGCAGUGUUUACUAUUAGAUGUUUCAAACUUUAUUUAUAUUAUUUAUCUUGGCAAAUAUUUAGAUUGGAAGGGAAUCUAGCUCACUUAAAUGGUUUUAUAAAGUAGUACUAAGAGAACAGUAGCUACUUACUUGUUGUUGGGACAGACAAAUUUCAAAGUAGCAUUUUUGACCAUUCCAAAAAUAUGGGAACGGUUUUGUAUUCUUCACAUAUCAAAGGAAAAUGCCUUUGUGGCUGAUUAAGGAAGCUGAAUGCAACAGAGUAUUUGUAUAUUCAAUAUUGCACUUCCAUUGUAUCUUUAAUCAGCAUGUCAGAACUUGCUUUUAAUUAGAUAUACACCUGGCAGUAAUUUGCACAAUACACCAACUUUAAAAGGCACAUGUAGGACAAUUACUAAUGAUAAUCUCUGCAAAAACAAAACAAAAAAAUCUGAUGGCUUUUUUAUUCUACAAAGAUUUGAAGUUUCUGUUAUUUCUUUGUUUUGGCCUUAAGCAGGACAGUACAGGUUUCUGCCUGUUAAAUCAUAAGGCCACACUAAUUUGUGAUUAAAAAUGGAAGCGUGUGAAUGGUCUACAAAAUAUUGUACUUUCUGAAUUAUUGUAAUGUUGAUUGUUAUGUCUAUAAAAGAUUGCCUUGCUUUUUUAUAAGUCAUUCUGUAUCAAUGUAUUCAUUAUAAAUAGUAUAUUUGUAAA